AUGGCAUCAAGUCUUGAAACGAUCUUUUGCAUCUUCGCCCUCAGCAGAUUCUCUCAAAUUCUUGGCGCCCCUGUUACCUCCUCCGAUUACAAUGUUCUCAUGAUGCAAACACCGGUUCCUCAGUUCCUGGUUUCCAAUUCCAGUAGCAGUAACCAAACUAGCAGCAGAAGUCCCACGUGUCAGCUAAAGAUUCUUAAUCAUAAAUUUCAAGAAUACUUAGAAAACAUUAAAGAUAACGAUGUAGAAUUGGUUCAUAUAUAUACGUUCUUUCCAAAUUACACAGUCACUCCUUUCGGGGCAUAUGGCGAAUACUAUCGACCAAGUGAAUGGUACCUUAGUACUUAUACGCAAGGAUUAACUCUCUUAAAGUUACCAUUCCAGUACGACGUCUACUCGUUCUCCAUACUCAGUUUCGGAGUCGAUGAAAUCGGCACGGAGAUUCAAGAUUUCCCGCAAGGAUGUCUUGGAGAACUGCCCCAGGAGGAGAGAAUGUUUACAGUACGGCGUUUUAUGUUUGAGAUUCUUAACAAUGGCAAGCCAAUGCCAACGACCUCUCUUUGUAACCUCGUGGUCCGAUCCGUCGACGGCGCUGCCCGCUUCAUGACUCACUGUUGUAAAAUAGACGCCAAAGGGAACAUUGAGUGUAAAGACGAUGAAGCCGGGAUCUGGAUCUCAAUUCUCUACUGGCUCCUGUCGGGCCUGUAUCUCGUGUUUUUUCUCUGCUCCCCGCUUUUUCUGCCACAGAGCAUGUACAACGCUGCUUAUGUCAUGUCGGAAUACAUGGUCAAAUUGAAAGAUCCGGUACGAAUGAAGUUAUAUGUGUCCGAUAGUUUGGACUCUGUGGUCAAGCAUCGCUGGCGAUUGCUCGCUUCAGACGUCAAGACGUGGAAGAAGUUUGUGAAUACUCUUCAGUUUACUCCAGUCAACGAGACUGUUCCAAUCCAGGUGUCGGAACUCCAGAUAAAAGUGAAAGGCAAACGGAUUUUCGAAGGUAAUUCUCCGCCUUCGGGCCUUCUUCAAAGUCUUUACGAUAAUUUCAUUCGUUGUAAAGUUAAAAAUAUUAACCCUUUCACUGACUGUUGCGAAAGCAGUAUAUACGGGAAGUGCGCGGAUAAGUUUAUUAAUUACAAUAUUACCUGGCAUACUUGUAUGAAAAUAUUCAUUAAGGUUCUUCUUCUGAUUCUGCUUCCAACGCCAUUUUAUAUACGGGUGUUUGUUUUUUAUUAUUUCGAGAGCGAACGUUACAAAGAGAGGCGGAUCAAUGCCCUGAUUAACCGGCUUGAAACGGAGUAUGAUUUUAAGACGGACACGUUCUUGCAAUACUUGACGCCUGUGCACCCUGUGUUUAUUACAGCUUAUUUAAUAUACCUGCUGUCGGGUGUAAUCAUCAGUUUUUCCAAUGAAUCAGCUCGCGAGAAAAUGAAGAACGUGAUUCGCGGUUCUUUACAAAAUAUGCGUGAGGUUACGUACGUCAGCGGCGUUCAAAUGCUGACAAGACUAGCGCUUAACCCUUUCAAAACUUUCGGCAUUUUGGGUUUUUUAAUUGCCCCAUUUUAUUGGAUCCUUGUUGUGCCGUUGGGGUUAAUACUCUUUCUUAUCUAUAGUAUCCCGACUCUUUAUCUUGUUAUUGCUAUCUGUCGGCACAGCUUUCAGCAAUUCCCCAUCUUUGAGAAGCCUAAAUCUUUUAUCCCAAAAAAGGCGUCUGCGAAGUUUAGAUCUUUAACCAGCAAACUCGCCGCUAACCCUUUCGCUGUUAUUGACAAACCGGAGAUGCAGCCGACGACCAGAAAAGAACAAAUGCUUCGAACAAUAUAUUUAAUACUGGCCAUCAUGUUCUGCCUGUCGGGGCUUUUCGCCUACACGUUAAUACUCAGCGAAUGUCUGAUAUUCUUCCUGAAAAUCGCUGCUUUUACCAUGAUGGGCAUUAUCGUCAACGCCGGUUCGACUCUCAAAUACGUCACAAUGGCGAUGCUGGUUCUUCUUUACAUGCACGACUGCUACCAGGACGUUUACCAAAAUUACGUGACCUUCACUAAAGAAAUAAUCGAAAUCCUCACCGACAGAGCCGAAAACAUCAAAGAGGUAGCCUCGUUGUCAGCCGACGAACAAAACAAUGCUGCAUUUCAGGUCACCCUACCCAAAACAGCGACCCCUAUUCGAACAACUUUUAACAAUGAUAAGGGAGAACCCAGAUGGAACUGCGGGCACUUAUCGCUGUUUUUGGACAAAUACGACACCCCUCGGCUACCGCUUCGAUUGUUUCAGAGAAUGUGUGAAAUUCAAACCUGGGGUUCUCCGGGACUCGUUUCAAUAAAUCUUUUGCGGGCCACUAGGAAGUUUUUAACUAUCGUCAUAUUCCUGGCUUUUGUGCUGGUUGUCGUUCUGGCGUUUGGUAAUGUCUACCGGGUAUCAUCAGCUAAUCAAACGCUGGCCACAAUGGCCGGAGGAUUCGUUCCGCUACUAUUGAAAAACGUUUUCUCGUCGCGCGUCGUCAAGCUCAACUUGAAAACUCUCAGCUUCAAGGGCCAAAUGGAUGAAGUGCUGACCGCUUAUUGCCAGAACUGGCCGAUUAGUGAUUUCUCUUUUAUUUGGGGCGAAGAGCUGGACGAAGCCGACAAAGCGGUGGACGAGACGACAACGAGUGAAAAUUCCCUCUCGAAGUCGAAGAGCGACUUAAGCACACCCGAAGAUGUCGGUUUUGUCAACGGGACUCAUCGUAAAUUCAGCGAAAUUGGUCUCUCCCUUUCGUCAGUUCAGCAGCCGGCUUCUGACGCUGAAGAAAUCGUUGAUAUCUUUAUCGACCUCACGACUGGAGUGAAUGAAAAUACGUGGCAUGAGACUCCGCCGGAUACACCUGGCGGGUCUUACACGAACCUUCACACGCUGACAAGUACACCGAUGAAAUUCCUGAUGUUGGCUAACGCUGUCGACACUUUUGACGUGCAGAUAAAAUAA